AUGAAAAUGCUGGCUAUGUUUGGUGGAGAGUUAAAUAAUGCAGCAACAUAUUUCUCUACUUUUGGCAAUGCAACUCUUGAUAACUGUCGCGAUGUAAAAGGAACUUUCGGAAAGGGACCUUCUUGUACCUGGAAGGCUUGGUCUUAUCAGGACAGAAUUAAGACUGCUGCUGCUGUGGAAAAAUUUAAAGACUCUCUGAAGAAAAAGACUGUCUCUGAUAAGACUAAGCGUUCGAAGGUGACAGAUUUCAUUGCCAAAAGGAAGAGUCGUCAAGAAUAUGCACCAUUGAUUGGUAAAUUGAUUGACAAAGCCCAUGUAGAACCCCUUCACUUGAAGAAUAAUGCAUGGCAGUAUUUCUUUAAAGCAGUUCUGCGCGAAUCAAUUGGUAAAUCAAACAUAGAAACAUGCAAGUCAUUUUCAGAUGUGCCAAGACAUUCCUGCUUUGCGAAAGUUGUCUUUGCUCUGCAAUAUGAAGUUAAGGCAAACCGGGUGGCGAAGAAAGCAAUAAAGUGGUAUAAUGAAACUCAAGCUCACCGAGCAGAUUUCGCUUAUCGCUUCACCGGCAAAGAUUCCAGGCUUUUCUGUCAUAACUUCAUGCGGCUGAUCAAAGCAAUGAGUGAUUCAAGUGAUUCCCGAGCACAGCAGCAGAAUGUCUUGGUACUUGCAUACAUUGGCCUAAGGUUGAGAGAUGCUUGCUCUCUUUUUAAUAGGUUUAUUAUUAAUGAAACUAACAUUAGUGAUUUAUCUAAAGCAGCAUUGGAAUACUUUCGUGCAAAUUCUCUAUUUGUACCAACACAAGUAACACCUACUAUAUGGACAAUAGGUCAUGUAGUACCAGUGCAUACAAAGUACAUGUAUGAUACAUAUUGUCAGGGUCUUCUUACUGUUUCUAUGGAGGGACGGGAAGCUAAGCACAUUGCUCUACAGCGACUAAGUGCCAACACAACCUAUCAGAACCGCUGGAGUGAAAUAUUUAGGCAUGAAUAUAUAAUGUUAGUUUGGCUCCCAGAGCAUGGCCAUGAACCAUGCUCCAAUACACCAGGCAAGGAUAACUACAUCCCUGAGAAAGCUGUUAAUGACCCAAAAUAUUGUUAUUGUGGAUUAGAGAAGAUGGAUGAUCCAGGGUCACCAGACCUUUUCCCAGAUAAGCAAGAUAUUGAGGAAGAGGUUGAUGAUGGCGAGGUUGUGGACUGUUCUUCACAAAAUGAAGAAAAGAAUGAGAAGAAAAAGAUGGAUGAUGAACCAGGGUCAGCAGACCUUUUCCCAGAUAAGCAAGAUAUGGAGGAAGAGAUUGAUGAUGGCGAGGUCGUGGACCGUUCUUCACAAAAUGAAGAAAAGACUGAGAAGAAAAAGGACUACCAGGGAGCUGUGAGAAUUAGUCAGGAAACUGAAGACCGACUUUUCCGCACGAAAACAACGCAGCACAAAACCUCUUCUCUUGGCCGGGCCAAAUUAUUCUGGAGAGACGAUGUUAAAGAGAUGGCCAACAUCUAUGUGAAGAAUCUCAGGCCAAUUUAUGAUAAUGCCCAGCGGGCAAAGUUACGUCGAUUCAACGUUGAAUCAACGUUGAUUUUCGACGUCUAUCUGACGUCGAAAUAA